GCUUUUGGUCUAGUGUUUAGGGUGCUUUUCGAGACCCCAUGGUUGCGCAUGGUAUCCACUCGUCAAUGGAAGUGGCCCCCCCGGGGCGAUGACAAAGUAAUUUUCAGAAUUUGAAAAUAUUUUUUAGGACCCCAAAAAUUUGAGCCUUAUUUGAUGUGUAAAUCGGAAAGCUGAUAACGACCUCUACGCCGUUCCUUGUUGUUUGUUGUGAUCGAUGUGAUAUAUACCGCGCGUGCUAUGCUGAGCUGAGUCUUCGAAGAGUUUUGCGCGAUCCGAGCCGAGAGUCAAGUCAAAAGAACAUAUUGUAAGCAGAGCAUUCAAUGACAAUCAGAAAGACUGAUGGUAGCAUAAAAUGGCUACUGAGAGUGGAACAGGUGAUUCCUUAUCUUAUUCUAAGGAGAUCAACAAGAGUGCACAGGAAAGUUUAAUACCACUCACAGAAGACUUGGCAGAAUGGCUCUCAAGGGUGUUGGAUGUCAGUGUUGAAGUUGACACUUUGAUGGAUUCAUUAGACAAUGGUGUAUUGCUUUGUAAACUUGCUCAGUUAAUACAAAGGAAAGCCAUAGAAUGCCAAAGGACAGGACAUAAAAUCAAAGAUAAUGUACCACAACAUAAAAUCAAAUGUCGAGAGAAUGCCACAUCUGAGUCUUUCUUCGCUCGUGACAACAUUGCUACAUUUCUUUCUUGGUGCCGGGAACUAGGAUUAGAAGAUACCUGUCUCUUUGAGACUGAUGGGCUCGUGCUAAGAAGAUCCCCACAGAAUGUGUUAGUAUGUGUCUAUGAACUGGCUAGGCUUGGCUCAAGACUUGGCAUUGAACCUCCGGGAUUACUCAAACUUGAAAAAGAGAUUGAGAAAGAGGAGAGGAACCCUAGACCAGUCUCAGGAAGAAAGGUCUCGGCCUUAGAUCAACAGGUUCAGAAGAUCUCUAAACAGAAGAAAAUAGUGGACAUUCAUCGAAUAUCAGAAGGAAAAUACAAUAUUGGAGGAAAGAUUGUAUUAAUAAGGAUGCUGAGAGGUCGUCAUGUGAUGGUUCGUGUUGGAGGCGGAUGGGAGACGUUGGAAUCUUACCUUGAUAAACACAUAGUGACUUCCAUGAAGCGAGUCGGUCGAGCUGUAGAUCUAGACUCAGGUGAAACUAUACAGGAUGAUUACUUUGUGAUGAAUGCCAAAUAUAAGAGCCAUAGUAAUGUCAACAACAAUGGAAGGACAUAGCCCUCACUGAACUUUCGAAAGUUGUUGCUUUUUACAUGCUUUAAAAUAGUAUUGAUACAAAGUGGCGAUGCAGUGCAGUCAAGGGUAUUUACAAUAUGCAACAAAGACAAGCAUUAAUUGCUUAGGUCAAGUGGUUUGAAUAGCAUUGUGGAUGCCCAGGAUGCCUGCACUAACAUCGCAAAUUAAAACUGUGCAUUACUUGUUUUAUAAAAUGGGUCAGCUGUAUGAAUAUAUGGUUGGGAAUUCUCUAAAAACUACUCCAAAUUUCAUCAUAUUGCACAGACAAUGUACCCAAAAUUCUUAGGGUGCCGUGGCGGAGAGGUCUAAGGCGCCUGGCUGACAUUUGAAAGUCCGGGGUUUGAUCCCCGACCACGGCACCUGUGCCCGUGAGCAAGGCGAACAGUGCUCUUUUAUCCUACAUUUAAAUAGAUGGAAAUGCUAUAUGCAUUUUUGGUAACUAGGUGUGCACUUGAGUUAAAAGGAAAAAAAAUUGCUUAGUGCUGCACCCCCCAAAAUUGUAUUUUGCCAUCCAGAACAUUGCUUUACUAAUACAACUAAAGUUAUUAGACAAACUUAUUCUUUCUAUUAUUUGAAAGGUGUAUUUAAAAGAGUAGCUAUUUAUGACUCAAGUCCAUGAGAGACCAGACAGAGUGUUUGUCAUUUCAAUCUGGCUAUAUAGGAUCUUGUCAACUAAAUCCCGUCCUUGAAAAAUGAUGAAGAAUUGUAUUCAUUCUGCUAUUGCUGCUGUCCAAUGAAGACCUCUUUUAAUUUGCAGUGUGCCUUCAUAUAUUGCCUUUUGUUCAGACAUUCAAAGAUAUAUGACCAAUACAAUCCAAUGAGCUUUCAUUUCACUCUUUCAGGUAUUUUCCCUCUUUUCUUUACGCUUGGAUCUUUCCUUGUUGAAAUCUAAGUUUCAGUAUGUUCUAUAUCUAAAACCUUGAAUCAAAGAAAAUAUUAAGUGUUUGUCAAGCCCAGCCAAUGAUGAUGAUGAUGUUUGGAUUUAGAAAUUAUACAUCAUUAAGGCAUACAUGCGCUUGGUACAGUACCUGUAGAGUAUAACAUUUCUAAUCAGGGUUCCCAGCCCGUCGGGGAAAUCAGGAAAAAUUAUUUUACAUUUUUCCAGUCAGGGAAAAAUCAGGGAAUUUGAUUUAAAAAAUACCUCAAAUCAGGGGAAAAUGCCUCAAACGAGGGAAAGAUCUGGGAAUUUUUAUUGGCGUAAUCCGCCCAAAAGUUGAAAGUACGGUAGUCAGCAAGGGCGGAAAUCUCUCCCCAAAGGUAGGGGACCAGGGGCUCGAAAAUUUGACAAGC